UUCAUUUUAAAUAUCUUCAUGUAAUAGAAGCCAGACUACAGAAAGGAAUUAGCCGAAACAGCUUAAAAGAUUUGCACACCAGGAAAAGGAAUCUUGGCAGCUGAUGAAUCUUAAGGAACAAUCGGAAAGAAGUUCGUCACUAUCAACGUUGAAAACAACGAAGAGAACAGAAGAGCCUACAGAGAAUUGUUAUUCACUGCUCCAGGCGUUGAAAAUUACAUCAGUGGUGUCAUCCUCUUCUCCGAGACUGUUAAACACGCUACCAAAGAUGGAAAGAACUUCGUCUAAUUGCUUUAAGAGAAAGGCAUCGUGGCAGGAAUCAAAGUCGAUAAGGGUUUGGGUGUACUUCCAGGAACACAAGAUGAAUCAGCAACUCUUGGAUUAGACUCCUUGGCUAGUAUGGCUGCUGAACACUACAAACUUGGUUGCAGAUUUGCCAAAUGGAGAGCAGUCUUGAAAAUUGGCAAUGGCUUACCAUCACAAUAAGCCAUCCAAGAAAAUGCAUGGGGAUUGGCCAGAUAUGCAGCAAUCUGCUAAGAAAAUGGUCUUGUCCCAAUUGUCGAACCAGAAAUCUUGGCCGAUGGAGACCACUCAAUCGAAGUCUGCUAAAAGGUCACCGAAAAAGUUUUGGCUGCCGUAUUCAAGGCAUUGAAUGAAAACAACAUCUUCUUAGAGGGAUGUCUCCUUAAACCCAAUAUGGUUACACCAGGAUCAACCAAUGCAGACAGAAGCAAAGUCACACCAUAAGAAAUUGGAUACAGAACAGCUUUGGCCUUGAGCAGAACAGUUCCACCUGCUCUUGUCGGAGUCACAUUCCUUUCAGGAGGACAAUCUGAGGAAGAAGCUUCUUUGAAUUUGAAUGCUAUGAAUUAAUUGACCACAGUCAGAAAACCAUGGGCUUUGACUUUCUCUUAUGGCAGAGCACUCCAAAACACUGCAGUGAAGACAUGGGCUGGCAAAUAAGAAAAUUGGGAAAUUGCUUAAUAAGCAUUAUUGACCAGAGCCAAGGCUAACAGCGAAGCUUAAUUAGGACCUUAGUUUAUAUUAUAAAAAUAGGAAAAUAUCAAGGUGGAUAAGGCGGAGCAUCCAACGAAUCCUUGUUUGUGGCUGAUUACAAAUAUUGAGUAUCAUGAAAUAUCAUAAAAUAAAACAUAAUCAUCAUUAUUCUUACUCGAAUCAAAAUUUUUUAUUAUGUUACGCAUAUUAUUCUAAUGA